AGGACGUCGGGACAAAGGUUGAAAUCUAGAACGUGGUACGAAAACCAAAAUGGCAAAAACACCUGUGAUAACCAACGUCAGCUAGCUCGGACGGGCCGUUCUUCUAUGGAGGUGCAUUCAGCGAGCUUACAGUAUCAACUAUCAUGUGUCCAUGGGAAAACUUUUUUCGCCAACAGGAUUUCACAGUAACGCAUAUAAUUUAAUUUCUUCCCCUCGAGAAAUAAAAUGGAAGGCUUCAGCGUGAAAGGUGCCGUGGAGAAGUAUUGCAGUAAACUCAGUUGGCAGAAACGGUUCCCCAUCAGCCUGUGGCUGCCAAGGUAUCGUCCCUCCUACCUGCUCCACGACUUCAUAGCGGGGCUCACCGUUGCCUUGACUGUCCUACCUCAGGGCCUGGCCUAUGCUAGCAUUGCUAAACUUCCUGUUCAAUAUGGUCUCUACUCUGCCUACAUGGGAUGCUUUGUUUACUGUUUCCUUGGGACCAGUAAGGACAUCAGCGUUGGACCCACCGCCAUCAUGUCCCUCCUCGUUGCCACCUUUGGCAAGACAGACCCCAAGAAUCCGUUAUUACACGAUCCUGCCUAUGCAGUCCUCUUAGCAUUCUUUGCCGGUGUUGUUCAGGUCUUACUGGGCAUUCUUCAUUUGGGUGCCCUGACUGGUUUCAUCUCCGCUGGCGUUAUAGCUGGCUUCACCUCCAUAUCUGCCAUCACCAUAGCCUUUGGACAGGUCAAACACAUAUUUGGUAUACACUUCAGCUCGGAGACAUUUCUGGACGAUGUCAUUUUGACAUUUCAGCACAUCAAGGAAACCAAGCCUUGGGAUGUCUUGGUUGGUGUAUGUAGUAUUGUAAUUCUUCUGGCAUUUCAGUGGUUGAAGAAUCAAGAGAUGGGCUGGGAGAAGGAUGAAUCAUAUACUCCCUCUAGAGGGCAGCGUUGCUCAUGGAAAUUCCUCUGGCUCAUAGCUACAGGUCGUAAUGCAGUAGUUGUUGUCAUGACAGCACUUAUAGCCUGGACGUUGGAAACGCAAGGACUUGCUGGCAAAGUUACUGUCACUGGGCCAGUCAGGCAGGGGCUACCACCAUUUCAACUUCCGGAUUUCUCAAAGCCAGACUUGUUCAGUGUACUUGAACUUGGAUUAGCGAUGGUACCUCUGAUUGGAUUCCUGGAGGCCAUUGCAAUUGGCAAAUCAUUUGCUCGACAGAAUGAUUACAAAGUGGAACCCAAUCAAGAACUUAUUGCAUUGGGCUGUUGUAAUCUAGCUGGAUCUUUUCUGUCAGCUUAUCCCGUAACUGGAAGCUUCUCAAGGACUGCCAUCAAUUCUCAGAGUGGAGUGAAAUCUCCCGCGGCAGGUCUGGUGACUGGAGCAGUAGUCAUUUUAGCCCUGAGUUUCCUGACUCCAGCCUUUUACUACAUUCCAAAGUCAGCCUUGGCAUCUGUCAUCAUUGUGGCAGUGUUGAAGAUGGUCAAUUACAAGAUUGUCCUGGUUCUUUGGAAGUUGAGAAAAAUAGAACUCCUGGCCUUCACAGCCACUUGUAUAUCAUCGCUGUUCCUGGGCGUUGCUUAUGGAACAGCCAUUGGAAUGGCUGUGGAUUUGUUGAUUAUGAUGUAUUACCUAGCCAGACCAGGCAUCAAGGUGAUAGAACCCGUAUCAUCUGAACAGAUGGCCACACCUGUGAAUGCACAAACCCACACACAGGUGCGGUCCACACCAGCAGUAGUUAUCCAGUUUGCCAACAGUAUAUACUAUCCAUCCACUGAGUACAUAGUGGAUGUCCUCAAUGAGAAACUACAUGAAAAGGAUUAUACGCGUCCAGUUAUAGUUGAUUUCAGCUGUGUGUCAAGACUUGAUUACACCAUUAUAGAGGGGUUGAAUGAUGCACUGAAUGACUUCAAGAAAGCCAAGGUUGAGCUUUUAUUUGCCUGUGCCAAACCCAAUGUUAAAGCGUUGCUUCAAAAGGCAAACCUUGAUGGCAUGUCUAUCCAUAGCACAGUACAGGAUGCCCUCAGAAGCUUAGAAGAGGAUCCAAGUGGAGAACCUUGAGCAGUUUGCCUCUAUACAACAGAUUCCUUGCAUCUCUACAGUUUGUCACUGAUGAAUGAAGUCUUCCAAGAUCCCUGGAAAUGCUGUCUGCAGAUUUCAUUAAUUGUUGAAAGACAUCUUGAAGGACCGUAUGGGUAAAAGUACAAUAUGAAGUUACCUUAAAAUGUGCAAUUCUCUCGGCCAAGAACAGUAUUACCUCAAAAACCAUCUUUCCACAAAUGGACCUUCAUUCCAUUUGCAUACAUGCACAGGCAUACUCGGUGAGGAAGAUUUUCUUACCAAGCAAUGAUUUUCCCGGGGGCAGCGACACAUGGCAUACAUGUGUAUGCUUGUCAGGCACAUGCAUUUUGCACACACCUAUAAUUUUGCAAAUGCUGUUGUGUCUGAGCAUGAGCACUUGGUGUAGGGUACCAGUGGCAUUGAUGGAUUGCCCAAGCCUCCCUAUUAUGGAACACAGAACAGAUAUUUAUAGUGUGUAGGCCUAAAAAUUUAGUCAAUACAAAUGACAAUUCAUUUGUGUAAAGGCAGCUUUAUUCACCGUUAAGCAGUACUUAGUGAACCCAUUUUUGACAUGACAAGCUUAUUGUGUCCUGGCAUACCAUACUCUCUGGUCCCCCUCUUGCCAUUCAGAGUGGUGAAUAGAGGGGAAUGCAGUAUAAUUAAUAAUAGUUUGUAAAUUAGAAGUUUUUGCAAUUAUCUCUUUAUAAGUUAUGUUCUACUUAAAUGAGACAGACGUCUAGAAAUCCUGGGUAAAAACCUUAUGUACUUGAUUACAGAAUUUUGAUGAUAGUUAAUCAUUGAAUCAAAUUCAGGUAUAGUGUAGAUUCAGUUCUUUACUUUUUUAAGUGAAUGUUUCAUUCUGACAUGGACCCAUUGUAGCGAGAGAGCUACAAUGGGUCCAUGUCAGAAUGGUUCCAUAGACAAGGAAUGCAUGGGCAUCGUGGUUCAUGCGAAGAAUGCACAAAUAAUAUUUAUUACUACACCUCAUAAAUAUUCAUGAGCAAAUCGGAGCACAUCAUUGGCCGAUUCCACCUCACGUCUGGGAAGUA